AUGACAAGCAUCAGGCGAAGACUGGGGGCUGGCGAGUACCGGAGAAAACUUUGCAGGGUACUGCGGCCUUGGGAGGGUGGCCAGCUGGAUACGUGGCGAUGCAGAUGUUCCACCACAAAACCAAGAAACAGAGCUUUCGUGUUGGCUACCAUGCAGCCACCGCCUGCAACGUGGGCUUGUGUUCAGUUGGCUUUGCCAACUGCGUCGGAGCAGCGGG